AUGAGGAGCAAGAUUCUGGUGAUCGGAGCGACAGGUUUAGCCGGAAAAGUCAUCGUGGAGGGAAGCGCAAAGUCUGACCAUGCCACUUUCGCAAUGGUUAGAGAAGCCUCUCUCUCCGAUCCCGUUAAGGCCAAACUCGUCGAGAGCUUCAAACAUCUUGGAGUUACCAUACUCUACGGAGAUUUAUAUGAAAAAGAGAGCUUAGUGAAUGCGAUCAAACACGUUGAUGUUGUGAUUUCGGCUGUUGGUCGACCCCAAAUUCUUGAUCAGAUCAAUAUCAUCGAUGCCAUCAAAGAAUCUGGAAAUGUUAAGAGAUUCUUACCGUCGGAAUUUGCCAACGACGUGGACCGCACGGUGGCCAUUGAGCCAAUGCUAUCGGAGUUCAUCAUGAAAGCUCAAAUAAGACGUGCCAUAGAAGCCGCAAAGAUACCUUAUACGUAUGCGGUCACAGGUUGCUUUGCUGGUUUAUUCGUUCCUUGUUUGGGCCAAUGCCACUUGCGACUCAAGUCUCCUCCUAGGGACAAAGUUUCAAUUUAUGACAAUGGCAAUGCCAAAGCCAUUAUCAACACCGAAGAAGAUAUUAUUGCAUAUACAUUGAAAGCUGUCGAUGAUCCGAGAACACUUAACAAGAUUCUGUACAUCCACCCGCCCAAAAACAUUGUAUCGCAGAACGAAAUGGUCGCCUUGUGGGAGAGAAAGAUUGGUAAGACUCUGGAGAAGACUUAUGUUUCAGAGGAACAAGUCCUCAAGAGCAUCCAAGAGGCUCAACCUCCAAUGGAUUUUUUGUUCGGUUUGAUCCAUACAAUACUUGUGAAGGGUGAAUUUACCUCCUUCGAUAUAGACCCUUCUGUUGGAGUUGAAGCUUCCGAGCUUUACCCCGAGGUCAAGUACACAAGCGUCGAUGAGUAUCUCAACCAGUUUGUCUAA